AUGCGGAUGCUCUUGAUUUUAAUCAUAGCCGAAGCGUCGGCUGUGGAUCUUGAGUGGUGGAAAUCAGCUCUGAUCUAUCAGAUAUAUCCAAGAUCUUUUAAGGACAGCAAUGGAGAUGGAACGGGUGAUCUAAAUGGUAUAACAGAAAAAUUGCCGUAUCUCCAAGAAACUGGUAUUGACGCAAUAUGGCUAUCGCCGAUUUUCCUUUCCCCAAUGUAUGACGCUGGUUAUGAUAUCUCCGACCACAGACAGAUUGCACCAGAGUUCGGAACUAUGGAAGACUUUGAGACCCUGCUUGCAAAAGCUAAAGGAUUAGGUCUUAGUGUACUCCUAGACUUAGUACCGAAUCAUACGAGCAAUGAGAGCGAGUGGUUCAUAAAGUCUAAAAAGGGAGACCCUGAGUAUUCGGACUAUUAUGUAUGGGCAGAUGGCGUUAAUACAAGCACAGUGGGAGAAACUCAGCCUCCCAAUAACUGGCUCAGUCAUUUUCGUAAAAGUGCAUGGGAAUACAGCGUUGAACGUGGACAGUUCUACUUACACCAAUUCGUGAUAGGACAACCUGAUCUCAACUUCAGAAAUAAAAAGGUUCAGGAAGAAAUGAAGGAUGUCCUAAGGUUUUGGCUGGAUGUAGGUAUAUCAGGAUACCGAAUUGAUGCUGUUAACAUGAUAUACGAAGCCGACCCCAAAAAUUUUUGUGGACGAUAUCCCGAUGAACCAAGAUCUGGAGAUCCAAACGCCGUAGAAGACGACUUUGAUUAUCUUAAACACAUAUACACAAAGGAUCAAGACGAGACAUACUCAGUUAUAUACGAUUGGCGAGAAGUUCUCGACGAAUACACGAUAAAGGGCCAGGAAUAUAAAAUUCUGUUAACCGAAGCCUACUCAGAGUUAGAAAACCUAAUGAAAUAUUAUGGAGACGGCAAAAGGAAUGGUUCUAUUCCUUUUAACUUUUGCCUUUUGGAGAAUGUUCGUAAUGAUUCUGAUGCGGUAGCUAUUAAACGAAUUAUUGAUCAAUGGAUGGCGAACAUGCCGGUGGGAAUGACUGCUAACUGGGUGAAUGGAAACCAUGAUCAAAGUAGAUUAGCCACUCGUUUAGGCGUUGACAAAGUAGACGCAAUGAAUAUGCUGGCACUGAUACUUCCCGGAAUUGCAUUUACCUUUCAGGGAGAAGAAUUAGGUAUGACAGAUGGUUUUGUAACGUGGAAAGAAACACAGGAUCCAAAAGCAUGCAACACUGACGAUCCUAUCAACUACUGGAAAAUUUCACGUGAUCCAAGCAGAACUCCAUUCCACUGGGAUGACAGUCCCAAUGCUGGGUUUUCUACUACAGAUGGUAAAACAUGGUUGCCCGUUGCUGAUAAUUAUAAAGAUGUGAAUUUAGAUGCACAGAUGAAGGCAAAUAAAAGUCAUUAUCAGUUCUAUAAAGACGUGGUGACCAUCAGAAAGAAAGAUACAGUACGCAAAGGUGAUUUAGAUAUCAGAGCUAUUUCAAAUUCAACUCUAGUUGUGGGCAGAAUGCUUCCCAAUAGCCCAGCAAUUGUAGGUGUAAUUAAUUUGUCAGAUGACACUGAGAUUACUAACUUGUCAGACUUUGAAUGGCUACCUACACAUUUGAUUGUUGUAGCCUCUGGAGUUGAUUGUGAAGGCAAUGCGUUAGAAAAUGGCGCAAUGAUUCACAAAGACAAAGUUAUUAUGACUGGCAAAUGUGCUUUACUUCUACAAAGUUUGAUGGACUGUUGUGAAAAUAAUAAAUAA